UUAAAUAACUGUUGAAAAAGAUAACAUUAGUAGCUCUAUAAAUGACUUCACUGUUAAUUUUAAUGGAAUGUAGUCAGUAAUAUGUUGUACAUAGUAUAGUAUAAAUCACAUCCACAGCAGCAUUACAGCAUUUCAAUUAAAAGCUAGUCAUUGUAUCGGUCGUGACUUUUAUUAACCUGGUCAGCACAUAAUUAAGUUGACCUGUAGUGUGUUAUUAUUACAUUCGUGCUGUGUGUUUAACGUUUGUGGUAUUUCCCACACAGCAGUGACCCAGACGGUGAUGACACGUUGGCGUAAGCGUUACACUUAAACGAUAAUCCCUAAAAAGGUGUUCUUAUCUCUUGGAUCAUAAGUUUCACAGAGGCAGCUCAUACUAACCCGCUAAAGCCACACGCAGCCGCUACACCUUCUUUCAUAAUUGACAGCCAUACAAGGCUCGCCAUCUGUUUACACAGACGCUCUCCGGCGCGCCUCCACCCUUCAGUGGUAUCUGGUGUAGCUGGAAGUGGAGUGAAUCAGCAGUCUUCGCCAGUGAUCUCACUUUUAUUCAGUAUCUCUUUCUGCUGUCUGUGGUCACAUCCCAGAGGAUCAAACCCCAUUCUUCUCUUGUUCUCCUGCUUGGACUUGUUGACUCGGUUAGAUGUAAUCACUUCCUCUCGACUGUAGCUGCAGAACGGAUGUUCUUUUGAAGUUAAACACAUUCAUAAACCAUUGUUUGCGAUCGUAUAUGCCGUCAUGACUCAUAAAUCGUUUUGAAAGGGAGACGGUUUUCAAAAAUAACGACUGUUUCCAUACAGGUUUCCCAAACAAUCGCCAAUGGUUGGAAAACGGAUAGCCUCGGCCAAAAACUUGCGUCAUUGGUGGAGACAUUGUCAGUGUUUAGGGCUAGUUGUGAUGCACAGACCAAAAACCUUUGAAUGUUUUCAGUAGCGUCACAGCGUUUAUGCUCUUUCUGGGAAAAUCAAGACACUAACACCGUACUCAUACUUGUCUGCGUAUUAAGCUAUCAAAAAACUAUUUAACACGGAAAAGAUUACAUCACCUUUAAAUCGCCAGAUUAAGUACUCAAUUAUGUAAUAUGAUGUUUUUCCCUCAUUCUUUUUGUUUGAGCCUUCACUUCUCCAUCUUUCAUUUUCAGUGUCUCAUAGCCUUAAAGUGGGAUUUUUGGCUGCCAUAGAAAUAAAGGUGUACAUAUGAUCAUUACAUGGGACUGUUUGCUGUGGAGAUUACAUAAAUAUAAUUAGACUUUUAUUUUGUGCUGUCAAAAUAGAGUGUAUUUUGGAAACUUGUCUCCCUCCUAAUCUAAUUUUCUCUAAUUAUCUGUUCUUUACACCCUUGUGAUCUUAGGUCACAUUCUUUUCUUUAUUUUCUUCCUCGUAGAAAUAUUGCAGCAGUCAGUGUACAACUACAGAAUCGGAUGCUGAGACGUUGUAGAAAAUCUUCCAGCAGCCUCUGUAAGUGAAGUACCAAAUCCUCACCGGACGCACUAACACAGCAGAGGAUCAACUGUAAAAGAGACAAAGCAGAACCGUGUCAAAAUGUUGACUGAUGAGGUUGCGCAGGUGCAAGAGGUGAGAUACUGUCUGAAGACUUUGAGAGAGCAAAUGGCAGCCAGGCAAAAUAACAACAACAAGAUUCCGUCCAAUGGCUUUAAAGUUGACGUACUUGUCAGCAAAGGCAAUGGCUCCAAUGGAUUUGUGAACGGCUCUCACUCUAAACAUCCGGAGGAUGAUGAAAACACUUUAGCCUUGAGAGAAGUCACUAAACAUCUGUACACUCGUCUGCAAGAGAUGGAAAGGAGACACCAAGAGGAGAAAGAGAGACUGCAGGCGGAAAACGCUGAAUAUCAGCGGCGGUUUCUAGAGGAGCAUAACUCUCGUGUGCACCAGGCAGAUGAACAGGGCCAAAAAGCGGAAGAGAUGCAGAAGCUCAUGCGUGGAUUGGAGCUGGAAAAUAGCACACUUCGAGAAAAGCUGGCCGCUAACGAGGCUGACCUUGAGAAACUGCGAAGACUGAAGAAUACGGAGAGUGAGGACAGGUCUGAACAGCUGAAAAAGGAGCUGGCAACCCUGAAGGAUAAGAACCACAACUUAGAUGACAUGGUCAAAAGUCAACAAAGGAAAGUCAGGAACAUGAUCGAACAGGUGCAAAAUUCACGAACCAUAAUGGAGCAAAGAGACCGGCUGAUCGGCGACCUUAAAGAGAGGGUGGCUUUCCUCGAAGCUGAGAACAGAGAGUUUCAUGACCGGAUGGAGUUUUAUUUGGGCAACCAAACGUCCAAACCAUAUAACUCGGACACAGGGUCCAAAGUUGUCUACAGCAAACCUCUGACGCCGACAAGCCCUGGAAACAAGUCUAUGCCAUUCAUUAAAGUGGUUGAGAUCAAGUCCUGAACGACAGAAGAAGACAACUGAGGGGAGAGAGAAGUAACAAGCAUUCCUUCUCUCUAAGCAUUUGCGCAACAAAGCCCUGUUUAGCACAUGAGUAGCUAUAGAGGUUUUUCUUAUAUAUAUAUAUAUAUAUAUAUAUAUAUAUACAGUUCUUUGUAUAUAGGAAUAUAAUUUAAAUGUCACAUGUAUGUUAGACUUGCAGAUCAUACACUACCUUUUUAUGCCUUAAGCAGCUUUAUUUAUGAUCUGCUAGUAGAUGUAAGUGGUGAUAUUCUUAUUUCCUACAGUUCUGUCAGUAUAUUUGUUUUGGCAUGUAUAUAAUAGCUAUUGUAUAAUUAUUGUU